AUGACAGCGAACCACCUCCACGACGACGAGAAAGUCGACGACGUCGAGCGCGCUGCAGGCACAACGACAAGCAGCUCCGACUCCAUCAGCAGCAACAAUGAGGUGACCGCAAACCCACCCGCCUCCGCCGCCAAGGCCGAGGCCUCAACACCGGAGGCGGGUCCCACCGCCGGCGAGACAAAGCAAGACGCUCCGGAAGCCGCCGCCACCACCGCAGCUGACGCCGACGCCGACGCCCCGGAAGCCGGACGCACCAAGCUCGAGACGACGCUCAUCGUGCUGUCUCUGUGCGCGGCGCUCUUCCUUGCCGCGCUGGACGUGACCAUCAUCACCACGGCCGUGCCGACCAUCGCGCAGGAGUUCAACAGCAACAUCGGCUACAUCUGGAUCGGCUCGGCGUACCUCCUCGCCAACGCCGCCUUCGUGCCGACCUGGGGCAAGAUCUCGGACAUCUGGGGCCGCAAGCCCGUGCUGCUGUCCGCCGUCGGCGUGUUCUGGGUCGGCUCGCUGCUCUGCGGGCUGGCGGUGGACAUGGCGAUGCUGAUUGCCGCGCGCGCGAUCCAGGGGAUUGGGGGCGGGGGGAUUAUUGUGCUGGUAAACAUCUGCAUUAGCGACUUGUUCUCCAUGAGGCAGCGUGGGGUGUAUUUUGGCGUCAUGGGCAUGGUUUGGGCUGUUGCGUCGGCCGUGGGACCUGUUAUUGGGGGUGUGUUCACGAGCCAGGUUACAUGGCGGUGGUGCUUCUACAUCAACCUCCCCAUCUCCGGCGUCGGCAUUAUCAUCCUCUUCUUCGUGCUCAAGCUGCACAACCCGCGCACGCCCGUCGUCAAGGGGCUCAAGGCAAUCGACUGGAUCGGCACGGUCACAAUCAUCGGCGGCACCAUCAUGUUCCUCUUCGGCCUCGAGUUCGGCGGCGUCACCUACCCCUGGAGCUCCCCCACCGUCAUCUGCCUCAUCGUCUUCGGCAUCCUCACCAUCGGCCUCUUCACCGUCAACGAGUGGAAGUACGCCCGCUACCCCGUCAUCCCCAUGCACCUCUUCAGCGACUGGUCCAACCUCGCCGCCUUCGCCACCGCCUUCUGCCACGCCUUCGCCUUCAUCUCCGGCUCCUACUGGCUGCCGCUCUACUUCCAGGGCGUCCAGGGCGUCUCGUCCCUGCUCUCUGGUGUCUACCUGCUCCCCUACGUCCUCUCGCUGUCCCUCAUGUCCGCGCUCGCGGGCUACGUCAUCCGCAAGACGGGGAACUACCUCUACCUCAUCAUCGCGGGCAUGGCCGUCGCGACGCUCGGGUUCGGGCUCUUCCACGACCUCCCGCUGCAGCGCGACUUCACCAAGAUCGUGCUGUACCAGAUCGUCGCGGGGCUCGGCAUCGGGCCGAACUUCCAGUCGCCGCUGAUCGCAGUGCAGACGUCCGUUGAGCCGCGCGACAUCGCCGCCGCGACGUCGACGUUCGGGUUCAUCCGGCAGAUGGCGACGUCCAUCUCCGUCGUCAUCGGCGGCGUGGUGUUCAACAACGAGAUGCAGAAGCAGCACCCGCGGCUGCUGGCGGAGCUGGGCCCGGAGCUGGCCGGCUUACUGUCUGGUUCGAGCGCGGCGUCGAGCGUGGGGGUGGUGGCGGGGUUGCAGGGCGAGCAGGGGCAGAUUGCGCGGGGCGCGUAUUUGAAUAGUUUGCGGACGAUGUAUAUUGUCUAUGUCGCGUUCGCGGGGCUGGGGCUGGUGAUGAGUCUGUUCAUACGGCAGAAGCAGCUGAGCAAGAAGCACACGGAGCACCGGACGGGCUUGAAGACGCUGAGGAGCCGGACGGGGAAGUAG